AUGAAGCUCAUCAAGGCGCCUGGCAAUCUGCUAUGCUCCAUUCUCAUGGUUGCCCAUUCUGCGAGUGCGAUCGUGGGAGGGAGCGAUGCAUCUGCAGGUGAUGCACCCUUCACAGUCGCGAUCAUCUCGAGUGGGUUUUUUGGCGACACCUAUAUCUGCGCUGGCUCUUUAAUCAGCUCCAAGAGCGUUCUCACCACCGCUGGAUGUGUCGAUGGAUCCUCCGCAUCUUCGCUCAAGGUUCGCAUUGGCAGUCUCGAUCACAUUGCUGUCACGGAUAUCAAACCUGCGGGAAUUGCCGAGAAAGCUGCACUGACAGGGGCCCCCAUCAAGCUGUAUGGCUGGGGAUCCACUGCCAAACUCCUGGAUGCAAAGCCUCGGGCAUUGCAACGGCUCGAUACAACUUUCAUCUCAGCUGAUGAUUGCGAGACCGCAUGGUCUGAUGACAACCCGGUGACUUCCAACAUGAACUGUGAUGCUGCGCCCGAGAAGAACCAGGGAUCCUGCAACGGGGAUCAAGGGGGUCCCGUUGUCAACGAAUCCGGCGAACUAGUUGGUAUUAUGGGGUACUAUGACUACUGUGAGCCGCAUUCAAAUGGUCGGCCUGACGUGAAUAAUGAUCCGGUGGCCGCCGUCGACUGGAUCGAUCUGAACACCAUUUGA